GUGAGUGUGUCACUGUAUGUGUGUGUUAUUUUUAAUGUGUGUGUGUGUGUGUGUGUGCAUGAGAGAGCGCUCCUGCCAUGUCGACAUCCGGAGCUUUGACAGGAUACUACGUUGACUCUAUUGUUAUACCGGGCAGCGAGGAGACUCGCUUCUCCUCGGGUUUAGGGCUUAUUCAGCACAGGCCAACCAUUCUACCUGCAGACCUUUCAGACCUCGGCCCCUGCACAUUCCCGGCAAAGCAACCCGUUUAUGGUACCUCAGAUUGGGGGCACAUCCCAACGCACUUCUCCACUGGUGUACCGUCAGUAUAUCAGCCCCAUGCGCAACCUCCAGUAGUUGGGGAUUAUGUGCAGUCUUGGCUCUUGGAUUCUGCAUGUGGGUUACCUCAAACUGAGCCACCGACGGUUAAUCACAAUCAUGCCAAAUCCGAUACGAAUGAAACGAAUGAUGACGGCACGGAAUACAGUCCGCAUACUAUACUACAGCCUGAAGUCUUCACAAACGGAGGAUGUUCUACCAAAACAGAAGCAGAAUCUAGCCGAACUGCUGAAAAGAGUGGCGACAUCGAGGGGAAACCGGGCGCUGAUCCAGAAAACCCUGUGUCCAACUGGCUUCAUGCGAGCUCGACGCGUAAAAAACGCUGUCCUUAUACUAAGCACCAGAUCCUCGAGCUGGAGAAAGAGUUUUUAUUUAACACUUACCUCACGCGCGACCGGCGAUACGAAGUCGCCCGUCUACUGAACCUCACGGAGAGACAGGUCAAAAUUUGGUUCCAAAACCGCAGGAUGAAGAUGAAAAAGUUCAACAAAAAUGAAACGAAGGAAGACUAAGACUAAAGCACUUCAUGUAGGUGAGGAUGAGAGAUGAUCCAUCCUGUUACUGAAUUUAUUUUGUUGUGGGAUUUUACGUUAGAUUUUGUGUCCUUUUUUAAGUAGCCUAAAUUAUAAAUGUCUUAAAGCAUGCUGGGAUCAAGUUGUUUCAUAAGUAAAUUUGACUGUUUGUUUGUCGUAAUUGGUUUCAUGUUAAGGCACAACUUCCUUUAGUUUGUUUUUCGACGCAGGUUUGAAUAUUAAAAAAAAAACGGUAUUAUUCAGGUUAGAUUUUUUAAGGAAUGAAUGAACGUUGAAUCCAACUGUGCUAUCCCCUUCGGUUUUAGAUUAGUAUAUUGUAUAUCAGCGUUGCAUAUUUCAGACGCUAAUUAGCUAAUAAUGUAGCUUUAGACCGAGGAUUUUAAGUUCAUGCAUUUCUGCAAAGAUUUACAAAAUGUGGCCUAAGAACUGGCUUUUGUAAUGUCAUUACCACUACCUAUAGUCACUUCACUGCCUUUUUUUAUUCGAACAAAUUUUUCAUGCCAUAUCAACAGAUAUGAUAUUGGAUGAAGUUUACGAACUUCAGGGAACAAGUGAAACAUGAACAGUAGAUACAAAAGUAUUGUAGGCAACUAUACAAAUACCUCAUGGUCUGUUGACCUUCAUUGCGUUUUUUUUAUUUGUUUUUAUUUGUUUACAUUUCUUAGAUGUAUUCUGUGAUUUUAUUUAUUGAAUAAUAAAAGCAUUUCAUAUCUCCAAAUAUGUCUGCCUUAAAUUUUGUAGUCUGUUUUAUAUUUUUAAUAGCAUUUACGUUGAAAAAAAUAUGUAAUACGUUACUUGUAAAUGUAAGGUUUUAUAGAUUGUUUUAUGCUUGUGUUUUUUGAAUACAUGUGCAUUCUGUAACAUGAGAAAAAUAAAUGUAUUGAAUUUAAAUUAG